UCAGCCGCUUCCGGUUUCGAGAUGCCUGUGUGAACUCGACACUCCGAGAGGUGUCUAGCAGGGUUGUGUUCUGGAAGUGGAGAAGGAGUGUGUAUGCAGUAAUGAUGUCUGCUGAACUGAUUAUUAAAGAUGUGUCAGCGGUGGCCGUGCGGGGCCCUGGUGAUGGCAUGGAGACAGAUAAACCCCUGCCAGCCCCUGAGCAGCUGACAGAGGCCCCACUCCAGAAGAUCUGCUCUCCUAAACACAGCCCGAGAGUGGCCUCUGGGUCUCCAGGUGUGCUGCACCUGGGCAAGGUGAGCCGGGAUGCCUGUCUGGAGCUGGAGGCAGUGAGGAUCGUGGUUCCCCGGGCAGCCAUCAGCCGCACCGGGCGCUCAGGGGCACACACUGAGGACAGGGGGUCUCCUCAACACGGCGACGAGCCUCCACCUGCUCCACCCUCACCUCCACCUCCAGCAGAGCCGCUGCAGGAGUACAAGAACACCCUGGAGAAACUGCAGAGCUCAGAGCGACGCCUGCUGCAGGAUAAAGAAGGCCUGUCUAACCAGCUCAGGGUCCAGACGGAGGUCAGAUACACACUAUAUCAUCAGUUAGUUUGUUUGUUUAACAGGGACUAUACACUUGACAUUGUUAUCCAAAGACAACCGAUGCCGUGUACAUAGGGCAGAUACCAUAAAGCCCU